AUCCUCGCACUCCAACACCACUACGUGGUUCGUUCUGUUCCAUCUGUUGUUCUGGCAGAGGGCAUCCAAUGUGCGCGCUCCAUUCUAGCGGGUUGGUUGAGCUGGCCUGCCGGUGAAACGCGUGAAGGGGGGCAUGGUUGGCGACCUGAAGUCACCUCAAGACAUACACCUUCCGCCCUUGUACUCCGCCUUUUUGAUCAACGACCAUCAGCGGCGGACCGAAAUGACGAGAGCAAACCCCACAUUCGCUCGCUCUGAGUCUGAGAGUGCCACCGCACCUCCGGAGAGCCAAGUCCAUCAGAAUGCGCGCCCCGAGACCGCCGCCGUCUCCGCGACUUGCGAGUAUGCGGUACGCGGUGGAGCUGCCCGAUUGACGACGAAGGAAGAAGCGAAAAAUAAAGAGUAAAAAACAUUGUUGUUUUAGCAUUUCCACCGAAUCAAGUGAAUCAGUCAGCUUUCGUAGUUUGUGGUGUGCGGUGUGCGCUUGCUGCCUACAAUCAGCACCUCUUCGGUUUCCGGGACCGGACGCAUUGCAUUGCUGGAUCUAAUAAACGCAGACGACCGAGUUGCGGCGUUGUUGCGCAAACAGCUGGGCAGACCGACAAAAGUCGCGCGACGGUUCGCGAGGCGAUUAAUCAUUCUGAAGGGACAAAACACACACUCCGGUGCACCGAUUUGGGGAAGGAAAAGGGCGCACCAGAAGUGGUCGGUGGGUGUGUGUGAUUGCGCGUGUGGGUGGUCAGUCUGCCGUAUUGCAGUUCAAGCAGUUUGAGACUCCCACGCGGUAGUGACAGUGUCGGGCAAGUGACAGCGGACGGCAGUGACUAAGUGAAGAGGUCACGCGGAAUCGUGACAGAAGUGUAGCAAACCCCAUCUUUUGUGACCUUUUCCUCGUUCCAAGUGUACACGUGUUGCGCGAGCGCUCGCCUACCUGAGAUAACGACACGCGUGACUAAGUGAUGCUGCAAUGUGGAGUAAUUUACGAGAUGAAAUAUUUAUAAUGACAAUUAUAGCUGUCGCAGCGAAUAUGGAUUAAGCUGUGUUCUUUGGAAGAGGUUGAGUUCAGAACAGUGUGUUGGAGUGCUUGUGUAUUUGAAGAAGUGGAUGAAGAAGAAAACAAAUAGUGAACAACUGAGCGGGUUAGUAGUAUACAUACUAAUGUAUAUGUUUGCGCCGGUGUCUAUGCGCAAUAUUAGUCGUGAGUUGUGUCGUCGGUGCUGAGGGAGCACCGUGAGAGGCAGGGCAAAAUCAACAACAACAGCCAGGCACUCUGUGACAUUUUGACUUAAGUCACUCGAAAUGUCAAACCAUUUAUAAGUUUAAAUGUUACAUCGCCUCUCUGGGGUUUUCGUCGAAUGAGUCGAGCUCGGCGGCCUACUAACACUACCGAUAACAAGACAACGACGACGUAGCGUGCGAUACCCGGACGAUACGGUUAGUGAUGGCACUCGGCUAGUCACCGGCAGUUUGGUACUUUGAAAACGAGAACAUCGCGGAGCGAAGUGUGGUGCGAACUUCUGCGGUUCGACCGACGGCAGCUGAAAUUAAUAUCUCGCUGGAGAUCCGUUUACGAAUCGGAAAAUAACAAACCCGCGCGUUCAUGUGUGUGCCAGUGUGCAUGUUUAUGAGCUGCCUCUGAGCUGGUCGUCGCAUCUGGUGACAUAUCCGGUGAUGGACAGCGAUCAUAAUAACAAUACAAUACCAAUAAGUGCCCAUUUAUACGAAUGCCGUUUAGUACCUGACUGGUAACGACCGCCGGCGAUGACCGUUGGUGAUUGGAAGCGAAAGAGUUGAUUUUUUUUUUUAUCAAAUGCAUGAUCGUUGCGCACAGUGGUGCUCGUGAUUGGAGGAUUAUUGGGAUUUUAGUGACUUGAAAGCUUGCUGACAGAUUCAGGAACGGUUUGCGAGUUUGAUUGGAAAACGCAUAUGUUAAGAACUGUUUGAACGUAGAAUCGCAUUGAAUUGCGUUGACAUCAUUCCACCUUUCGUCCACCAACACGAUAGUUUCCCGCGCCGCCACGGGACUUAGAAAUCCCAAAUCAAAAGGUUAGACAAGAGGCAAAACCCUUCAAACCCUACAACAGUGAUAAAAAGUGUGUCUUGUUUACCCAGGCAACUAUACUGAUAAGAGAACUUUACCUUCUCGCUGGUGUCGUCGAUGCAGCCAGCCACUGGUCGCCAGUUUGCACUGAAGUAGCGCGCUAUUUCUCGUAUUUGUACAGUCAGUCGGUGCCUCGUGUAGGAAGAAAACUAAUUACCUAUAUCGAAGUCACGUACCUACUUAUCGCGUACCGCUGCUGCUCAAGUGAACCUUCUUCCGUCCUCGUGACAGAUUGUGCUCGCCGUAUCAACCCGUCAAAGGGUACGUCAAUAGGAGACGAAAAGAAAAGAAAAAAAAAACACAGUUCGUAGUUAUUCUUGUGGAAAUACUUCGCUAAUUGACCGGGAGCUGUGUGUUUGUGCAAUUUGGUAAUCGAUGGUUUGCGACGAAUCCCGGAUGAGAGACGAUUUGUUCAAGUCAUCCCCGAUGAGAUAAUGAGGGAAGUGGAAUCGUCGGAGACAUCCGUAGUAUGGCCAGCUUGGUGUUAUUCAGGAGAAACAGUUAAUGAAGAUUUACCACAAGCGACCCCGGCAAGCUUGCUACUGCACCAGCACCAGCAACGAUUCCUGCUGCAGCAAUCGUCAUCAAAUCAAUCACAGCCGUCGUCGUCGUCAUCAUCGGCGUCCUCAUCGCCGUCCCCAUUGGUGGCCGGGCAAGGUGCUGGUAAGUUGUCCGCGACUCGUCGCCGCAGCAGCUCCGGUGGCAAAAGAAAAUCAAUCACCUCCAGCUCGCCGGGACCGCAAACCCCGACCCCAGCGCUGACGGCCGCCCUCGGAGCGAGCACAGUUACGGCAGCCCUGGCGACGGCAGCGGCAGCAGCAGCAGCGGCGGCGGCCUUCCAAGCGUCGCCCCGUAGAUCCAACCCACCCACGCCAACCUCCACCGGGCUGCAGUUGGCUCUGGUGGCGGAAAACGGAAACGGCUGUCGGGGGUCACCGUCAUCCAACCCAUCGACGCCGACCCAUGACGACGGAGGUCAUUACUCGCCGCUGAACAACAACAACAACAUCAGUAGCAGCAACUUCAACAGCCAGGUCGUCGCGUUACAAUCCUUAGACAAGAUGCUGAGCGAACGGAUGUACGACCGGAAGAAGUUUCUCAACUCGCCGACCGCGGGAUCGGCUGCAGCAGCUGCAGCGGCGGCGGCUGCAGCCAGUUCGUUCUAUGAGAAACUGCGCAACGGGGCGGCCGAGAUGGAGAUGAGCCAGUUGAACCUUAUCAAGAACGGGCAAUCUCCGCUGUCCGCCAGUGAUCUUAGUGCAAUCGGUAGCAAUAAUGGCAAUAGUGUGGUGGGUAGUGCGAACGGAGCAGGAGUGGGAGGACUGCUGGUAACGGCUAACGGGACCAGCAGCAGUAGUGGUGGCAUUAGUGGCAGCAAUAGUGCAUCUCUCGCCGAUGGCAAUAGUGGCAAUAGUUUGAGUAGUAACACCAACAACCAAAAUAGUAGCAACGUGAAUAAUGCAAGCAGUAGCAGCAGUACCGGCAGCAUCGGCAACAAUAGCAAUAAUAAUAGUAUUAAGAGCGAGCGGUUCAGUCCGACCAACAACGAUGUGCAAUCGACGGCUUCAAGAUCGCGAAGUGUGACACCUUCGUCGUUUUCUGGGACCCCGCCACAGACAAUGCACGCCACCGAUGUGGCCUUCCCGAGCAGUAUUUCGACCAGCGGGUUGCUUCCGUCCCCGAACUCGGCUAUGGCCGGUGGCCGACACGAGUUCCAAGCCCGCAACUAUUCCGACAUCAUGCGAAGUCUGGCGGCCAAAUAUCACAACAACAACAAUAACUCGCCCGGAAUUAAUGUUAGCAAUGACCAAUCCAGUGUAAAGAAUCCGUUUCUAGAGCCAAAAAUGCGAAUAAAUCAGCCAAAAUCAUUCACAGACAGUCCCCUACUAGGUAGUAAGAAAAUCAGCAGUCCAAUUACCUCCACUCAAGUACCUAACCCAAGUAUUAUGUCUUCAUUAUUCCCGGGUCUACCAUUCCAAUCGUCGGUUUUUCCACCGUUGAUUGAUAUGAGCAGCACUCAAGCUCUUGUUGCACUGGCCCGCGCCGCCAAAGAGUCCGGUAUCCACAAUCUCCUCAAGCCGGAAGACGGAGGCCUGAAAAAGCCUGCGGCUGGUUCGCGAAGCUCCUCCCCGCCGCUAGGAGCCACCUCGCUUACCGGUCACUUCCCGUCACCCUUUCCACCACGGUACCUGCCCGGGAUACUGCCGAACCACCUGUCCGCCAGCUACCCGACGACCGUCCAGCCGUCGACGAUGACGACGACGACGGCCGUCCCCGCGAUCUCACCGCUCAAGUCACCCACCCGCCCGACGGAGGGUCUCACGACAUUCCCGCUGGAUCUGAGCAGCGCCGCCGGUGCACCGUCGGCGGCCAAGCGGAUAAAACUUUCGCCGACGCCGAGCCGGAACCAGGAAACCUCGCCGGCACCGAGCUCCACCAACAGCCAACCGUCCGACUCGAUGGAGCUGAAGCUGGGGCUGCCGAGGAAGUGUCACGCCCGGAUCGAGGAAAUCAGCGCCUGGACGGUGGACAACGUGUGCGACUUUGUCGGGAGUAUCGACAUCUGCGCCGAGUAUGCUCAGAACUUUCGUGACCAGAGCAUCGACGGUGCGGGUCUUCCACUACUCACCGAGGAACACCUGACCAACUCGCUGGGCAUGAAACUGGGGCCAGCACUGAAGCUAAAAUCCAUGCUGGCCAAGAAACUUGGUGGCCCGUGCCCGUGUGCCCUCUGUGCCGCUCCGACCCCCACCAGGAGCAGCAGCAGCAAAGGGGACACCACUCCGACCAAUCGACCACCGAGCAACGGGUCCGUUGGAUAGGAAGCCCGGGUUGAUCUAAAAAGACUUCAAAACUUAUGAACAGUAGACCCAUCCAGACCAGUGAAUGAUUUCCAAUGUUGUGCGUGAUGAAUCGUACUCUUACUAAUUCAAAAUUAAGUGGUAGCGUCUGACACUGCCCGCAAAGAGCAUACGUACUUAGGCAGAGCCGUUCGAAGGAUUUCGUGUUUCAACGAUCAGGAGUAAUCGAUUGAUGACAAUUCAAAGAAGAGAAAAUCAAAUUCAUUUCGCCGGGACAUGUACAAUAUUACGUUUUAAUCGUCUUCGUUACUUAGCCGUUAAGCGACUUGUUAUCUCCGGCCGAAGUUGACGGCCGAUACGCGUAGGUUAAGAUUCGAUAGUUAUCUUUGUUACGCAUGAUUCUCUAUGUUAAUUUCAGCCAUUGUAGGCAAUCAGUGGAUAAACAGUAGGAAACAAUGAAAGAUGUUAGUUUAAUCGUAAUCCAAGGAAGAAGCAUGAUGCAAUUAUUUAUUUUACUGUUAGACAGAUAGGAAAAAUGUAACUUAACCGAUAAACGCCCACACAUGAAAGACUUAAUAUAUAAAAAGAGGAAAAAGAAUCUUCCUCUUAAUAGGCUCCAGGCAAAUAUUGAUUUCAUUUCGAAAAGUUUUUCGUUUUUCAUCUAUGAUGUUCGAUAGAAGUUUUAUCUUGUCAAACCUUGACGCUCACACGUAGAUAUAUUUAAUUUUUUUUAUUUCUAAAUCCGCUAGGACUAGGCUCACAUUAUUAUCAGUAUUUAUCAGAAUUGAAUAGAGAAAAAUCACACAGUUAUACUGUAUCUAUAUGUUAGUACUUCCAUGUAAGCAUGAAAGCGAUAAUAAAAUGAUUCUGUUCGAAAUAAAAA